UAAAAAAAAAAAUGCAGAUUUGAUGCUUUUAUUUUGAAGCGUCUAGAUUAGGGAUUUUGUUCUGAAAGGAAUCCUGAGUGAGUCUGAACAGCAAGUGAGGAUGAGGACUUUCCCUCCCCCUCCUCCCGCUGGGUGGAGGGAGGAAGAGGAGGAGGACGAGCGCGUGGACGGCUGACGCAGUGCGCUGCCAGGAAGACCCACGGAAAUCCUCUCCGACGCGGAUCUGCGGAGCCUCGCGGCCCGGAGGACGGUUCUGGAUGGGUUCGGCGCUGACGGCGGGGGGGCGGCUGUGAGCUCUCAGCGCGGCGGAGCCGCAGAGGAUGCCCCCGCGGAGCCCCUCCCGCCGCCGUCCAGACCUCCAUUGUUUCCUGACACCGACCAGCGCCUCCCGGGGGAGGGAGGGCGACCACAACGACGCCGGUCUCUGAGGAGGCAUGCCCAGGAUCCAUGCGGACUCUGGACGAAAACCAGGAGGAGCAGGAGGAGGAGGAGAGGAGGAGGUCGGAGCGGCUGAAGGCGGCGCGCCUGUGGAGAGAUGCGGCGCUGCGCUCCAGGAAGCUGCGCAGCGGUCUGCGCCAGCUCACGCUCUGCGCCCAGAACCAGCAGCUGGUCCUGCCGGAGGACAUCUCCGAGGUGGAGGCGCUCAACCUGGGGAACAACUCCCUGCAGGAGCUCCCGGAGGAGCUGGGCUCCUCUCUCAACAAGCUGCGCGUGCUGGAGCUGCGCAGGAACAAGUUCACGGCCGCGCCCCGCGUGCUCUGCGAGCUGGGCCAGCUGGUGGAGCUGGACAUGAGCCACAACUGUCUGCGGACUCUGUCGGAGGGUCUGGGCCAGCUGAGGGCGCUGAAGAAGCUCUGCGUCAGCCACAACAAGAUCCAGAGCCUCCCGGCGCAGAUCGGAGCCCUGCAGGCCCUGGAGGAGCUGGACAUCAGCUUCAACCUCCUGCACGGCCUCCCCAGGUCCUUCUCCAGCCUGACCCGGCUGCGCGCGCUGGACGCCGACCACAACCAGCUCAGCCAGUUCCCCGUGGAGAUCCUGGCCCUCGGCCAGCUGGAGGAGCUGGACCUGUCGGGGAACAGGUUCGUGGCCCUACCCGCCAACAUCUGGAGGCUGACGUCCAUCAAAGUGCUGUGGCUCAGCAGUCUGCGCAUGGCCUCCCUGCCAGAGACCUUCUGCCGCCUGCAGAACCUGGAGAGCCUCAUGCUGGACGGGAACCGGUUGUCUGCACUGCCGCCGUCCUUCGGCCUCCUGCAGAGGCUCAAGAUGAUGAAUCUGUCCUCCAACCAGCUGCAGGUCUUCCCUCAGGCGCUCCUGGGCGUCUGCGGGUUGGAGGAGCUCUACCUGAGCAGGAACAGGCUGAGCCACGUCCCAGAGGAGAUCAGCCAGCUGGGGAGGCUGGUCAACCUGUGGCUGGACAACAACAGCAUCACGCGCCUCCCCGACUCCAUCGUGGAUCUGGAAAACCUGGAGGAGCUGGUUCUCCAGGGAAACCACAUCGCCGUUCUCCCCGAUAACUUUGGGAAGCUCUCCAGGGUGAACAUCUGGAAGGUGAAGGACAACCCGCUGAUCCAGCCGCCAUACGAGGUCUGCAUGAAGGGCAUUCCCUACAUCGCUCUGUACCAGCAGGAGCUGGCGCAGUCGCAGCUCGCCGUCAAGCCACGCCUCAAACUGGUCCUGAUGGGGAGGAAGGACGCCGGGAAGACGCUGCUGAGGCGGAGCCUGAUGGGGACGAGGGAGGAUGGGGGAGGGAACCGAGGGGUGGAGCUCGUGCACUGGGAGGCCGACGCCCAUCGCAAACUGACCUUUAUGGUCUUUGACCUUUCAGGGAAUCCCAACUUUGACCUGGUCAAACCCUUCUUCCUGUCUCCUGGCGCUCUCUACGUCCUCGUGGUCAACCUCAAAUCCUACGUACCAAAAAGCUUCCACGACCACGUGGGGCGUUUCCUGCGCCUGCUCUGUGCCAAAGUCCCCCACGCCGUGGUGUUUGUUGUGGGCACGCACGCCGACCUGUGUGGCGAGGCGGAGCUGGAGGAGAAGACGCUGGACAUCCACCGGCGGAUCGGCCUGCAGGAGGAGGCGGACGUCCGGAGCCUGGGACGCCUGGCUGAGGAGGUGGAGCUGGCUCUGGAGCAGGGCUUCUCUGUGCGCUCCUCCAGCCCGCACGUUCUGUUCUACGGCGUGUCAGACCGGAACCUGCGCCGCCGCAGAGCUCAACUGGACUUCCUGUUGAAGCGGCGGCUGCAGGUCCUGUCGCCGGUGCUGAGCGUCAGCUGCACCGGGCCUCAGAGGAACAUCCAGAAGCUUCGGGAGAAGCUCCUGUCGGUGGCGGAGCACCGGGACAUCUUCCCCAACCUGCACCGCGUGCUGCCCAAGUCCUGGCAGAUGCUGGAGGAGCUGCUCCUGCAGUCCUCGGAGCUGUGGCUCUCCUGGUGGAGCGCCGCCCGUCUGGGCCUGCAGGCGGGGCUGACGGAGGAGCGGCUGCAGAGCGCCCUGUCCUACCUGCACGAGAGCGGGAAGCUGCUGUACUUCGAGGACAGCCCCGCCCUGAAGGAGCACGUCUUCCACAACCUUCCCCGCGUCAUCGGCAUCCUCAACGUCUUCUUCCAGAGGGACCGGUCCAUGCUGCUGGACCGCCUGCUCUCCGAGGGGGAGAGGGGGGGCAGGGGGCGGGUCAGCCUGGUCAUGCAGGACAAGACGGGGGAGAACCUGGAAGUGACUCACCUGCAGCAGCACCUGGUGGCCUUCCUUCAGCACGGCCUGCUGCCCUCCGGCGUCAUCCGCCUGCUGCUCCGCCCCCUCAUCCAGACGCAGCAGGACCUCCACCUCAUCAUGGAGCUGCUGCAGAAGAUGGGGGUCUGCUACUGCGUCCGUACGCCUCGAUCCACCCCCCCAAACGGGGGCGCCGCGUGGUUCAAGUUCCCAAGCUACGUCAGCAGCGAGGAGCCGCAGGCGGGGGCCCCGCUUCUGCCCACCAGCCCCCUGUUCUCGGUGGAGCAGCUGCACAUCCAGUACAGCUUCCCCUUCCUGUUUCCUCCCGGCCUGCUGGCGCGCUUCAGUGUGCAGAUCGACAGACACGUGGUGCAUCGGUCCGACAGCAAGAACCAGAUCCUAGCCUACCGGGGCAAGGUUCCCGUGGUGGUCAGCCACCAGCCGCCCAGGGCGGGGCAGCAGGCGGAGACCCUGUCCAUCAUCAGCCACGCCUCGCUGCCCAACAUGUGGACCGCCUGGCAGGCCGUCACGCCGCUGGUGGAGGAGCUGGACGCCCUGCUGCAGGAGUGGCCCGGCCUGCUGUACUCGGUCCAGAUCCUCUGCUCCAAGUGUCUGCGGCGGGGCGCCCAAAGCCCACACCCCUUCCCAGGUGAGCUGCUGAGCCAGCCGCGGCCCGACGGCCUCACCGAGAUCAUCUGUCCCAAGAACGGCUCAGAGCGGGUCGACGUGGCCCUCGUCUACCCCCCCACCCCCACCGCCUGCAGCCCAAAGUGACGCCCCACCCUCCCCGGGGUUCCUGCUGUGCUGCAGGCCUCCGAGCACUAUCCUGCUCACUCAGGGAGGGGGCGUUCCAUGCAGGUCUGUCAUGCUUUGCUGCAGGUCGCCGUCAGAUGGUGGGAGGGGAAAGAGGGAGUCAUGGAGAAGCUCCGCCCUCUGGCAGAGGUGCUCAGUGAGGAGGAGGAGUCUGAGCGGAGAGGGUUGGGGGUCAGAGUUGUGAUCACAGCUGCAGCAGAACGAUCCAGAUGUUCCACCAGACCCUGCUGAAUGACCUACUGAGCAUGCUCAGUGUGGUUCCUGCUGAAUGACCUACUGAGCAUGCUCAGUGUGGUUCCUGCUGAAUGACCUACUGAGCAUGCUCAGUGUGGUUCCUGCUGAAUGACCUACUGAGCAUGCUCAGUGUGGUUCCUGCUGAAUGACCUACUGAGCAUGCUCAGUGUGGUUCCUGCUGAAUGACCUACUGAGCAUGCUCAGUGUGGUUCCCGCUGAAUGAAGCUGUGGAAGAACUCUGCAGCCAUCCGGACCUUCACCACGCAGACAGACGUACCAUGAACCGCACAUCUGGACUCAAACCAAAAGAGGAGGUUCUGACUGAGCAUCUUCAUCCUCAAACAUCUGAUCUGCUGGAAUCAUGGAGGACUGGGAGCUCGGCUGAAGUCCCAGAGGAGCCACCAGGAGGCGCUGCAGCAACAAUCAAUGGACUUCUAUAAAUAUAUAAUUCUAUAUCAUUUUAAUAUAUCUGAAAUAUGCAGAUUUUUUUACUUCUAUAGAAAAGUUAUUUAUAAAGUCAAACUUCUGUUUUCUGAAACCACUGGUUCUGUUUCAGUAAAAGGUUCUGAUGUGACCCGUUUGGUCGUGUUCCUGUGACCAGGUCCACUAAAAUCUGACAAACCUCUGUGUGGUUUAACGGUGAGGAGACAGAACGGCUGAGCUGCUCCUCAGAGGAGUUAGUGUCUCCUCCUGCAGGAGGACCGCUGCUCCUCAGAGGAGCAGCAGAAACGCCUUCAGCUGUUCUUCAUGGAAGCUUCCAGAACAAAGACUGUUUGCUCCGUUCUGUAAAUAAAAUCUUUAUUUUUCUAUGAGUACAGAUUCCCGCUGAGGGUUUUUAUGGAGCUGUUCUACACAACAAACCCAAUAAACCAGAACCGCCUUCACCUCA